UGUCACUGUCAUUUUUCUAACCUCCAACCGGUGAUAAAAAAUAAAUCUUAUUUGUUUAAUUUUUUUACCUCAAUUAGUUUUUAUAUAAAAACACUGUGGAAUUUCAAUAAUUAAAAUAUGUUCUCACUUCUACACAAAGAAGAAGCCGCUCACGAAGACGGUAUUUGGUCAUGUUCUUGGGGCAGGACACAAAUUGAUAAUGCUAGCCAAACUGAUGGCAACACUACGGAUGAAAAUGAACAUGUCUACCGGCCACCACCAGAAUACAAAGAUUUCAUUGUCACUGGUGGAUUAGAUGAUUUGGUUAAAAUCUGGGACAUUCGAGAUGAUAAUACUCUGAGUGUUCGUCAUCAAUUAACUGGACAUUCGCUGGGAGUUAUGUCAGUAGCUGUUAGUUCUGAUGGACAAACAAUUGCAAGUAGUUCCUUGGAUUCAAGUCUAUGUUUUUGGGAUUCCAAGUCAGGACAACAAAAGAAUAAGAUUGCCCUCGGACCUGUCGAUCUGUGGACAGUUGCCUUCUCACCCUGCAAUAAAUUCGUCAUCUCUGGAUCAAAUGAGGGCAAGAUUUCUAUGUACAGUGUGGAGACGGGGAAGGCAGAACAAGUUCUCGAUCCACAAAAUGGAAAGUUUAAUCUUAGUAUUGCUUAUAGUCCGGAUGGAAAGUAUAUUGCCAGUGGAGCAAUUGAUGGAAUUAUCACAAUCUUCGACGUUGCAGCUGGAAAGGUAGUGCAAACUCUUGAGGGACAUGCGAUGUCUGUGCGAAGUUUGUGCUUUUCACCAAAUUCGGAAAUGCUCCUCACUGCCUCCGAUGAUGGACACAUGAAGCUCUACGAUGUUGCCCAUUCAGAUGUUGCUGGAACUUUGUCUGGCCAUGCUUCGUGGGUACUCUGUGUGUCUUUCUCUGAAGAUGGAAAGCAUUUUGCCUCUUCUUCCAGCGAUACGACAGUGAAAAUUUGGGACUUUGCCGAACGAAAAUGUCUGCACACUUUCUCUGAGCACAGUGAUCAAGUUUGGGGUGUUAAAUACAGUUUGAUGAAUGACAAAGUCGUAUCUGUGUCUGAAGAUAAAUGUCUGAAUUUGUACAAUUGUCCACCAAAUGUGGUUGUUUGAAAUUAAUCCUCAUUGUUUUUUUAAGAUUGAAAUAAUGCAAAAAAUAAAAGAAAUGAAAAAAAAAGACACAAUUA